AUGCCUCCAAUACGCUCUGAAAAAUGUUCAAAAUCGCCGGAUAGGGAGGCUACCAAAGUUAUUCAAGAUCAAUCAAAGCUAUCUAUACGUCAAGCAGCGGCGAUUUAUAACGUGCCACGUUCUACGCUUCGUCACCAAAUCAAUGGAGUCCGUAAUCGCCAGGAGACACGACCAACACGUCUUAAAUUAACACAAGAAGAGGAUUCGCUUUGCCAGUGGAUACUAUCUCUUGAUAAGAGAGGAGCGUCUCCUAGGCCUUCUGCGAUCGUCGAUAUGGUGAAUCUUCUACUAGCAGCGCGUGAGGAUAUGCCUCCACUGACUGUCGGCGUUAAUUGGGCCACACGAUAUAUUCAGCGGCGAUCUGAGCUUCAUACACGAUAUUAA